CCCCCGCCGCCGGCGGAGCCAUGCGCCCCGCUCCGCUGCUCGGGCUCCUGCUGUGGGCGCCGCUGCUGUGGGCGCCGUCGGUGCGGAGCCCCCGUCACAGCGUCCAUUGGAACGGCAGCAACCCCAGGUUCCUACGGGACGAUUACAGCAUCCAGGUGGCCAUCAAUGACUACCUGGACAUCUACUGCCCGCACUACGAGGGCUCCGUGCCCGCCGGGCGGGCAGAGACCUUCACGCUCUUCAUGGUGGACCGGGAGGGCUACCGGGGCUGCCACGAGACCCCCGGUGCCUUCAAGCGCUGGGAGUGCAACAAGCCCCUGGCACCGUUCGGGCCCGUCCGCUUCUCCGAGAAGAUCCAACGCUUUGCCCCCUUCCCACUCGGCUUCGAGUUCCAGCCGGGGCAGACCUACUACUACAUCUCCGUGCCCAGCCCCGAGAGCGCCGGGCGCUGCCUGAAGCUGCGCGUCUCCGUCUGCUGCAGCGGCACCACGCCGGAGCCGGUGACAGAGGUCCCCAAUUCUCAGCCCCGCGGGCGCGGGGGGCCGGAGGACACGGAGCCCGGACGCAGCAUCGCAGCCCCACUGCAGCCCCAUGCCCUGUGCCUGGUGCUGCCGCUCCUGGCCCUGCUCUGGAUGUGACCCAUGGCAGGGACACGGGUCCUCUGCCCGCUGCCCACUGCCAGACUCCUCCUCCAUCGCCUCCCUGCUCCCCCCAAGCCCGUGGGGCAGCCCCAGGCCACGACUCACCCACCGGACCUCCACAGAGCCGAGCCGGGGCCAGGAGCUCUGGGCUGGAAGGAUCUCGCUUCCCACCGGCAUCCCUGUGCAUCGGCCCCUGCCCCCGUUCCAGGCUCUGUGGGGCUCAGUGGACGCGUGCUCUGCCCCAGGGCCAUUGACUCAUCUUGUGCCUUCUUCCCCCAUGGACCCUCCACCGCAGGGGGGCUGGGGACCCCCCAAGGACCUGGAGCAGAGCAGCAGCUCCUCCGGGUGCUGGAUGGAGGCCCCUCUGCUGCCUUGUCCUCCGGCGAGGACACCGAUCUGUCUUCUGGGAAGACGCCUUCCUCCAUGCCGUCACCGGCCCCUUCGGUUUGGUUUUAACCCCUGGUAGUGACUGAGCCAAGCAAUACAGUGUUUGCAAGAUUGCUGCGCCCUCGGGCUGUGCAGCCCCUGCCUACACCCCCUGUCCCUCCGGGAUGCUGGAGCCGGCGCUCUGGGAUGCCUGAGCCUCUCUCCAUAACCUUUAAUUGUGGGGGGGGUUUAAUUGCAGCGAUUUGGUAUUGAGCCGUGAGCUCAAGUCACAGGGACAGCUUUAAUGACAGACGAGCUGCCUGCAGCCAGCCCCAGGCAGUGAGACCGGGAGCCCAGGGUGAGGGGUGCUGGGGUUGGGAUGCCCAGGUCCCGGUUGCUGCCCUCAGCCCUUCCCGUGCUGCCCCAUUGUCCUGUGUCCAUCUGUCCGUGUGCCCAUGGCCGAGCCCCACUGGGGGGGCUGCUCUUGGGGUUUCACCCAGCACCAAGGGGGCCCAGAGGCUGUGGAAGGAGCUGAUUGUGGGUCACAGCUCUGGGAUGCAGCAGCACCAGCACCUCAUCCCCAUGCAGGAGGACGCAGGGGGGACACCGGCUCCUGUCCCCCCACCCCACGGCUGCAGCCCCCUCCUUGGGGGGCCCAUAUGGGGCCCCGCAGCCCCGUCCCCAGGCGGGCAGGCGGUGCCGGCGCUGCCGCAGUGGGGCCGGGCACGUCAGACAGGUUUUAUGGCUUCUCCGGAGGAACGGCUUGGCAAGAGGCUGAGCAACAGCAUCGACCGCGCCGCGCCCCUCCCCCGCCCGCCCUGCCCCCCCAAACCCGCACCCAUAGCGGGGGGUGCAGCGGGGGCCGUGCCCUGGGGGUCCUGUGGGAGGCUGUGCCCUGUGGGACCCCCCUCAGUUGGGGGUGAUGGCAGCUUGGGGGGCUGUGCCCAAAGGACCCCUAUGGAGGAUGCUGCAGACAACCAUGUCCUGAGGGGAUGCUGGGUGGGGAUGCUGGGAUAUAUCCCCCAUGCAGGGAUCUUGGGGUGAUGGGGCCCUAUGGAAGCCCCCUGCAGGAUUAUUGGGGUGAUGGGGCCCUGCGGGACCCCCCUGCAGAGGUGCUGGGAGGCUGUGCCCUGCGGGACCCACACUCAGGGGUGCUGGGGCUGCCCUUGUCUUCACCCCAGCCCCCUGGGCCAUUCCCAGGCGAGGGGUCCCUGUGGAGACCCCCCAGGGUGGGUGCCGGGGCCCUGUCCUUGAGCGGGCGUCGCUUGGUAUGCAGGAGCCGCCGCCGGCUUCAAAUCCCAUCGACUUCCAAUGAGCAAUGCCAUCAAUAAAAGCUAAUUGAUGGCACGGCCGCUCCAAA